AUGUCUGCCUCAUCCCGUAUCCCACCUAUUGCACAGCCGUUCGUUAGCGAACAGGCAAAGCGGACCCUCGACCUGGUUGAGGAAUUUGUUGAGAAAGACUGUAUUCCCGCAGAUUCACUAUUCCAAGCCCAGCUCGGUGAGGGCGAGCAGCGAUGGAAGACUACCCCCGCCAUCAUGGAGACGCUGAAGGAGAAGGCCAAGAAGCUCGGUCUAUGGAACAUGUUUCUGCCCAAGAACCACUUCACUCAGGGUGCUGGAUUCUCAAAUCUCGAGUAUGGUUUGAUGGCUGAGUUGCUCGGCAAGAGCAAGGUUGCCUCGGAGGCUACCAACAAUGCUGCCCCAGAUACUGGCAACAUGGAGGUAUUCGCCAAGUACGGUAACGAUGCACAGAAGAAGCAAUGGCUUGAGCCCCUGCUGCAGGGCAAGAUCCGCUCUGCUUUCCUGAUGACCGAGCCCGACGUUGCAUCCAGUGAUGCGACGAACAUUGAGUUGGAAAUCCGCCGCGAGGGCAACGAAUACGUCCUGAAUGGCUCGAAAUGGUGGUCCUCCGGCGCCGGUGACCCCCGCUGCGCUAUUUACCUGGUCAUGGGCAAGACCGACCCCUCCAACCCAGACACCUACAAGCAGCAAUCCGUCAUCCUAGUCCCCGCCGGCCUGCCCGGCAUCACCGUGCACCGCAUGCUAACAGUAUACGGCUACGACGACGCCCCCCAUGGCCACGGCCACAUCACAUUCAAGAACGUGCGCGUUCCCGCCUCAAACAUGGUCCUCGGCGAAGGCCGCGGCUUCGAGAUCAUCCAGGGCCGUCUGGGCCCCGGUCGCAUCCACCACGCGAUGCGCGCGAUCGGUGCCGCCGAGCGCGCCCUCGAGUGGCUGAUUGCCCGCGUCAACGACGACCGCAAGAAGACCUUCGGCCAGCCGCUCGUCGCACACGGCGUUAUCCUGGAGUGGAUCGCCAAGUCACGCAUUGAGGUUGAUGCCGCGCGCUUCGUUGUCCUCAACGCUGCUAUCAAGAUCGAUCAGGGCAAUGCGAAGAGCGCGCUGAAGGAGAUCGCACAGGCGAAGGUGCUCGUGCCGCAGACGGCGCUGGCCAUUAUUGAUCGCGCGGUGCAGGCUUACGGCGCUGCUGGUGUCUGCCAGGAUACUCCGCUUGCGUACUUGUGGGCUGGUAUUCGUACGCUGCGCAUUGCUGAUGGUCCCGAUGAGGUGCACUUGCAGCAGCUGGGCAAGCGCGAGAACAAGACCCGUAAGGAUGCCGUUACUGCUAAGCUGAACUGGCAACGAGAGGAAGCGGAUCGCUUGCUUUCUGCUUCUGGGUUCAAGCCUAAGAGCCAUCUGUGA